GUAUUAUUGUUUCAGCAUCACACCCACUUCACGUGAAAUACAGCCAUGAUUUUCUCUCUCUAUUCUUUAUUUAUACAGUAGAGAGAGAGACUCACAGUUUCUCAUCAAAGAAGAAGGAAGAACACAUUAAUAAAUACUGUCAUUACUUACCAGUAAUCAAAUAUCUUCAUCUUCUUCUUCCAUUUUCUUCAAACUUCAACCUGACCCACCAAAACAGACCUAUCAUACCAUCAUAUUUAUUCAUAUUUGCAGAAUCACAAUGAAUCUAUCAUGACCCCCAUUGAAGAAGAUGAAGUCCUCCACUAGCAUCAUCAUUCUGUUCUUCAUCUUCAUCUUCACCACAUUACUCAUUUCUUCAAUCUCCUCAAACGAUGCCAACACUCUCUUAUCUCUCAAAUCAGAAAUCGACACCCAAAACAAUCUCAAAUGGCAAGGAACAGAUCCAUGUAAAUGGCAAGGAAUCAAACAAUGCUUAAACGGAAGAGUAACAAAACUCAUCCUCGAAAACUUCAACCUCACCAAUGAUCUAAACUCCACCAUUCUAAACCAACUAGAUCAACUCCGUGUCCUAAGCUUCAAACAAAACUUCCUCACCGGUCAAAUUCCAGAUCUCUCAAACCUACAAAAUCUCAAAUCAAUCUAUCUCAACAACAACAACUUCACCGGCGAAUUCCCUACCUCUCUUUCCCUUCUCCACCGUCUCAAAGUAAUAGUCCUAUCUAAUAACAAAAUCUCCGGCCAAAUCCCGAUCUCCCUUCUCAAUCUCCCGCGCUUAUACAUCCUAUACCUAGAUAACAACAAGUUCACAAACAACAUUCCACCUCUCAACCAAACUAGCUUAAGAUUCUUCAAUGUAUCAAAUAACCGUCUCACCGGUCAGAUCCCGCUCACUCCCGCCUUGAUUAGAUUCUCUAACUCCUCCUUCUCAGGUAACACAGAUCUCUGCGGCGAACAGAUCGAUUCACAAUGCGGAUUAACUUCACCUUCUCCUUCUCCAAACCCUAGUUAUACGCAAUUGAAGGAAAACAAGAAGAAGAAUCGAUUGAGUCAAAGGCAGAUAGUAGCAGUCGUCUCCGGUAGCGUCGGCGGAUUCGCGUUAAUCCUCGUUUGUUUGAUGAUUCUGUGUAUUGUGUGUAAGAGAGGCGGGAAGGCUGGAUCGAGAACGGUUACCGCCGCCGUGAAAGAAGAGGAGGGAGCAGGGAGCAGCGGCGCCGGCGCCGCUGCUAAGUUAUCAUGGGAAGACGCCGCCGGAGAAGACGCCGGAGGAAUGGGAAAACUGGUAUUUAUAAACGGAGAUGGUGAAGAGGGAAUGAAUUACAGUCUUGAAGAUCUUUUGAAAGCGUCGGCGGAGACGUUGGGAAGAGGGACGGUAGGGAGUACUUAUAAGGCGGUUAUGGAAUCCGGCUAUAUUGUUACGGUGAAGCGUUUGAGGGACGCGCGGUAUCCGCGAGUGGAGGAAUUUAGAAGACAAAUGGAUAUAUUGGGUAGGUUAAGGCAUCCGAACCUAGUUCCUAUCCGAGCCUAUUUUCAAGCUAAGGAAGAACGUUUGCUUGUUUAUGAUUAUUUUCCUAACGGAAGCCUUUUCUCUCUCAUUCACGGGUCGAGAGGUUCGGGUGGAGGAAAGCCUCUUCACUGGACAUCAUGCUUGAAAAUAGCUGAAGAUGUAGCUGCCGGUUUACUAUAUAUCCACCAAAACCCGGGCCUCACCCACGGCAACUUAAAAUCCUCAAAUGUCCUUCUUGGACCCGACUUCGAAUCCUGCCUAACUGACUACGGUCUAGUCUCAUCCCUCAUGAGAAACCCGGAGUCAACCCACGACGAAUCGAGCGCCUCCUCCCUAUUCUAUAGAGCACCCGAAUGUCGCAUAAUCACCAAACCACCCGCCACCCAACAAGCAGACGUUUACAGCUUUGGAGUUCUUGUUCUCGAACUCCUCACGGGCAAGACCCCGUUUCAAGACCUUGUUCAGGAACACGGAUCGGAUAUCCCAAGAUGGGUCCGAUCCGUUAGGGAGGAUGAGACUGAGUCAGACGAUGGACCGCCUUCGGAAGAUAAAUUGAAUGCUUUGUUGAACAUUGCAAUGGCGUGUGUAGCCGUUGUGCCCGAGAAUAGGCCGGUUGUUAGGGACGUGUUGAGGAUGGUUAGGGAGGCGAGAGCCGAGGCUCAUGUUUCGUCGAAUAGUAGCGAUCAUUCGCCCGGGAGGUGGUCCGAUACGGUUCAAAGUUUACCGAGGGAAGAACAUGCAGGCAUAUAGUUCAUUUCAUGUGUAUAAUUUAUAUUAUAUGUUGUGUUUGUUUGUUUUAUCUUAUGAGGUUUUUGAAGGAAACAAAUUAGGGUUGAUUCAUUUUAUAUUGAAGUAAACUUUUAUCA